AUGACGAGUCCUAUCAACAUUGAUCCCAAGGAUAUUCAAGCAUACUGGGCCAAAUAUCAGGACAAUAAGUAUGUUGAGGGCUGGGCCUCCCUCUGGACAAAGCGAGCUGACACCAUUGGCGGGCCCCUCGCCUUGGACGGUCACAGACGGAAGGCCCUGGUACCGGGCUGUGGACGUGGAGUCGAUGUACUCUUACUGGCGAGCUUUGGGUAUGAUGCCUAUGGCCUGGAGUGCAGCGCCACGGCUGUCGAUGCAUGCAAGAAGGAGAAGGAGAACCAUAGCCGGUACCACGUGGGAGACAAGAAAGCUUGGAAAGGGAAGGUCACUUUCGUCCAGAGGGAUUUCUUUGAUAAUACCUGGUUGAAGGAAAUUGGAGUACCUCGGAAUGGAUUUGAUUUUUUCUGUGCCCUGAACCCGAAGCUCCGUCCCAGAUGGGCUCUCCGACACACCGAGCUCCUUGCUCCCUCACCUAGAGGCAAUCUGAUCUGUCUGGAAUCUCCUCGUCAUAAGAACCCCUUGGCCCCCGGUCCUCCAUUUGCCUCUCCCUCCGAGGCCUACAUGGAGCACCUGAGCCGCCCCGGUGAGAAGAUCUCCUACAACGAUAAGGGUCUUGUCAAUGCGGACCCGUUGCGAGAGCCCAGUAAGGGGGGCCUGGAGAGAGUAGCGCACUGGCAGCCAGAGCGCACGCACACUGUGGGCCAGGGUGAGAAUGGGGUGAUUCAUGACAGAGUCUCAAUUUGGCGUCGACGUGACUAG